GCCGUCGCCGCAGCCGUCGCCGCAGCCGUCGCCGCAACCCGAACCCGCGGCGGAGGAGACGCCGAUGCUGUACUACGACGAGGCCGGGAACCUUGUCGAUGCCGAGGGAUUCCUUGUCGACGAGUUUGGGACUCGUCUCGAGGGCCAGGGCGAGGAGGCACCAAUGCUCUACUACGAUGAGGCCGGCAACCUGGUUAACGCCGACGGCGUGCCUGUCGACGAGUACGGAACGCCGCUUGCUGAUGCUGCUUCUGCGGCGGCCGAGGCACCUGCCGACGCCGACACCGAGGGACCGAUGCUGUUCUACGACGAGGCUGGCAACCUGGUUAACGCCGAGGGCGUGCCGGUGGACGAGUACGGCACACCGCUUGACGACGCUGCUGCGGCUGCCCCGGCAAGCUGGAGCGUCGGCGAUGCCGUUGUUGCCAUUUACGCCGACGACGGCCAGUACUACAACGCGUCGAUCACAGCCGUCCACGGCAACGGCACCUUUGACGUUCUUUAUGUCGACUACGGGACCGGGGCAACCGUGACCGAGGCCGAGAUCGCGUACCCGGCCGAGUAAACUCUACGCGGAAGCCAGA